AUGCGACGAUCUGAUAAUAUUCAGUUAACUGAGAAGGAGAUCAAUGAUUUCAUUGGUCGUAAUGAUGAUGAAGAUGAGGAUAGCGGCAGCGAUUGGGAUGAUAUAGGCGAGACUGACUUAUCAAGUGUGCUAUCUAAUCCAACAGCUCUUCCAAAAGAGGACAAAACAGGAAAGUCUUCUCAUGAAAUUGUCUGUUCAUCUGAUCACAAAGCUGCUGCUAAAUGCGUUAAAGAUGUUGGUGUCAAUGAACUAUUUGAACCAGUUCCAUCAAAUUUGAUAUUGAAUGAAAAGAAAAGCAAUUCGAAUAUUCGUGACCUGUUCGGUGUGGACAAUCUGAGUGAUGAUGGUGUCGACGAUGAUAAUAGUGACGAAGAUGAUUUCAAUGAAUUGGUGGGGAUUGAAGACGAUGAAGGGAAGGACUAUGGACUUUCAGAGAAUGGAGCCAGUAUACAAAAAUGCUUAACUGUUAAACAGCGUUUGGAAAAAGACAAAUUAAUUGAACAGCAUGUUAAUAAAGUGAUUCAACUUGAAGAGGCGGAGAAACAGCUGAAGACAACUUUGUCGGGUAGCUCUGGUAGUAAUCCUAACAAGUCUGUUAGUACUGUGUUGGCAGCAUGUGCUUUACGACGUAAAGAAGCAAUUAACUCGCUGAACAAUGCUGCGUUUACUCCUUUUGGAAAUAAGAGUCCUGUCGUUCCGACUAAAUCCACGGCUAUUACACCUGUCUCAAAUAAUUUUGAUAAUCAUUCCUCUACAGGUGAUAAAGACUGUUGGCUUGCAGUGCCUACAAGACUACGAGUUUAUCGAGCUCGGAUUUCUUCUGAACUAUGGACCAGCAGAACGUCAGACCGUGAAGUGCUCACUCUACCUCAGUAUAUUCAACGCCAUCGUAGUCAUCAAUCAGUGAGUAAAUCUCAGAAACCAUUUUGCAGUGAAGCAGUUGUAGUUGGCGUUAUCGGAUCGAAAUUGCCCCCUCGUCGUUCUCGCAAUGAUCGUGUGUAUUCUGUCUGGUGCCUGAGUGAUUUGGAACAAGUCGGUCCGGGAUCAGCAUCGGGCUGUGUAAAACUGUUUCUUUUUGGGAAUUGUCACGAAAAGUUAUGGAAGGAAACUGAAGGUAGUGUAGUUGCUGUCCUGAAUCCUCGUUCACUUGCCUCCGGUUUGACAUUUACAGAUGAGAAAGAUGUUGGUAUUACACUGGACUCACCGUUGCAUGUUAUGAUUCUUGGUGAAUCUCCUGAUUAUGGGAUUUGCAGUGCAACAACAAAAUCUGGUCAAUCGUGUUUUCAUGUUAUUAACAAAACGAUUUGUCGUUAUUGUGAAUUUCAUGUGAAAAAGGCCUACAUAGAAGCAAGUUCAUCUCGACCAGGUUUUGUGAGUGCAAGUUUACCUGGAUUUAGCGGAAGAUCCCGACGGUCACAAUAUUCUGGUGAUCACCCACAUGGCACUUCUGAACCUGGUGUAUAUACCCUUCCAAUUAAUACAAAUUUCUUACUGGAUAAUGGUCAUAGAUCUGUUGUACCUUCAGCCAGAGUUAAACUGAGCGUGGCUAAACUUACAGCCGCUGGCUAUCAAUUCGAUGCAUCAACUGGAUUGGGUGGACAUGGUAAAACACCUACAACGCCAAAAUCAUCGUCUUCAUCUUCUCGUCCUUCUGUAAGCAGUAAUCAAACUACCGAUUCCAAUGGAGAUUAUGAUCGCAGCAUACCAAAGGAUUGUGCAACUGUUGUCGUCAAUGAGACCAUCAGUAAUAGCACGAAGGAUAGUGUCAAGGAGAAGAGUUUGCCUAAGUCUAGUGAAACACCAGCCGAACUGAACGAAGCUGAAAGCAAGCUUGUUUCCGCUUUACGUCGGCCUUCCGCUGGCUCUCUGAACCUAUUAAAACAUUUGGAGCAUGAGAACGAAACUGAUAGUACUGGCAGUGUUUCUAGAGUAUCUACUAGGAAGACGAACAGUAAACAGCCUUUAGUCAGUAUUCGGAAACCCAACACACAAUCUAGUUCAUCUUCUGUAACAUUUGCCAAGUUCUUCUCUUCAGUGAACGAGAAGCGUCGAAAUUCAACAUCAUUACCUAAUCCUAUUAAGCCUAUGUUAGGCAAUCCAUCACAAACGUUUAUCGAUUUAGGCCCUAUGCCAUCGACUAGUACUCAGUCAUCUUUAUGUCAGUCAACAUGCAUUACAGACGCUGCACGUCUACGUGCUACUGCUCUGGUUAAUUCACAUGGAGGUGUAGAUGAGAUGUUAAAAAAUGAAACGCUUAAACGAAAAGCAGAUAUUUUGAAGUCAUCAUCUUAUAAAACAUCAUCACCUUUAUCAGAAAUCCUUGAUAAUAAUCCUUCGAAACGUCCAAAGUUAUCGUUAUCCUCAUCUGAUAUAACCGGUAAUAAUAAAUCAGCAUGCUCUCCUCAUCAAACGGUAGAAAAGUCAUUAAAACAGAUUCGGGCCAAUAAGUUGGCUGAAUUAGCUAAACAAAUUAAUCAAGGUUCAGCUCAUAAACAUUUGGUCAAUGAUCUUGAAAAUCAAACUGAACAAAUUCGUUUGGAUAAUUUAGAAAGACGUGAUGAAUUUGAAGAGAAACUGGUGAAUCAAGAUAAGGAGGCUUGUACAUAUGUGAUAUGUGAGACUUGUAAAUAUCGUGCUUUCAAAGCAGCUCCUGAUUGCCGUACUAGUAACCAUCAGCUAAAAUAUCUGAAAGGUUUUAAACGAUAUUUCAGUUGUCGUCACUGUUCAAAGAGAACAGUAUCUUUAGAUCGUUAUCCUACAAAUUCAUGCCAGUAUUGUGGUGAAUCACUGUUUGAGAAAACAGGCGUAAUGAAGGAACGCAAAGGUGCACCUCUACCACAUGAACAGCUUUUACCUCGUGGAAUUGAAGAAAAGUUUCUCGGUUAA